AUGAUCCCAGUGGCGCCCUCCAACAGAGAGGCCCGUGACAUUAUCCGCAACACGUGGGGAAAUAAGAGCACAGUGCUGGGUCAAAGGAUCAGCCAUUACUUCCUGCUGGGACUAUCUAAAGUGGAUAACGGGACAGGAGCUCUUCAAGAGCAGGUGAGUUGACUAACUUUUGCAAUGACUGAAUCCUGUUCCAGCCUUGUACACCAGCUUGCUGUUGGCUAAAUACAAGAAGAGAAAGGAAAGGAAAUGAUGUCAAGUUAAAGCUGCAAAAAAACAAAAUGCACUCUGAAGAACCAUCGAAAAAUUAAGUGAUUAUAAAAAUACUGUACUGCUGUGGCAUUUUGGAAUUAAAGCGGCAAACAGUAUUGAACAGGCCCUUGUACAUCCACACAUAUCACCUUGUAGCACAUGUUGGUGUGUGGAAAAUGUUAAAGGGGGGAAAAGUCAUAGAGGACUUAAAACAGCUGAAAAUGUGUGUUGAGCAUAGUGUUCAGUGUUAUAUGAGCUGAUCCCAAAGCCAUCCCAUAUCAGCUGACAGCUCAGCUGAUAAUUUUCCUGACAAACGUCAUUUGAAAUGGGUGUUCUUUUUAAAAUACUUCUGCCCACCUCCUCUGGCUGCUUCCCUGCAAACCACAUCCACCCGUCCACCCCAGCUCCCCCAGUGAUGCUAUUUCUAAUCCACCAGUUUCCUGUGUACUGUUACAGGUAUCAGCUCUGUUCUGUACUGGGUUGUACUGGCUUUUCAUGCAUGCACAUAAAACAAAGGAGAGGUGUGCUCUCCCUGCUGCAGUCGUUGGUACUCCACACAAGUUUGUGGAAGAGCAGGGAUCUCUCAGGACAGAGCCAUAAUACCAACUACAACCAAUGCAUGCAAGCCAUUAAUUAUGAGAAUAAAAUUGGUCCUGACUGAAGAGUGUUUUCAGUUCACCUGCCCAACAUCUCAACUUUCUCAAAUACUAAUUCAUUUGCACUCUGUCCGCAGUCAAAUAAAGUACUCUCGGCCAUGACGUGUCAUGGAGCGUCCUGAAGCUCUUAAUGCAGCACAGAGGAGAGAGCAUCCAGGAAAGAGGAGGAAACAGAGGAGCCACACAAGAUCAGAAUCAUAAAAUAAUAAUAAAUAUAAAUAAAUAUAAUAUAUAAAAAAUCACUGAUGCUGUAGUGAAUUUGAAAUAAUUACAACUGAACACCACUGUGGUUUAAAAACAGACUAAAAUCAAUCUCAGACUGUGAGGGUCACUCUAAAAGAGAUUAAAAGCAUAACCAUAUACUAGUUUUUAAAAUGUCACUGUGUGAUGAGCUUGGUUUGAAACAGUGUCUGACAGUGACUAUUAACCAGAGAUUCGGCUCACAGAAUGGCAGCAUGAUAAUUCAUAUCCCUUCUACGGAGGGGCGCUUUAACUAAUACGAUAUUAUCAUAAUGUGUUCAGGUCUUGACCCCUAUAACACAUAGGGAUAUGGUUAGAUUACAGCUGAGAUAAAAACUACUUCCUGUUUCACGGUGAAACACCCAUCUUUGUGGGCUCCAACUACCACACCCUUAAAUGAAAACUACAACUCAUGACAACUUUUCAUUGUCCAAGUUUCUUCCAACUAGAAAGACUUUUGAAGUGGAUCUGAUCUGCUUUGUCAAAGCAGAUUAUGUGGGACCCUGAACUACUUAUUUUUGUCUUUUUUUUUUUUUUUCUAAAUUUCAUAUAGUACUAUCUCUGGUGCCCUGUCUACUCAAGGCUCUUUAACAUCGCCUGUCACUGUCACCUGUUCACACCACAUUCACUUAGUCAUGGUAGAGGCUGAAAUGUCCAGAGUCCAUCAGGUUUUGACUAAUCCCAUUUACAAACCACUGGGCACAGCCACUGGGAGUCUUCUCUCAGUCUCACUCUGAGGGGCUUGGAGCUCUGUUAGCUUUUUUUUAACCCACCAUUGAAUCUGACAAAUGAUCUGAUUUUUCACCAGACCUCGUACAACUGCAGAGUUUCAUAUGUUUUUUUUUUCUUUUCUUUUUUUAGCAUGUUAAGGACCUCAAAAACUUAAAAGGAAGCGACAGAAUAACUUGAACAAGGAUUGUCUUCAGAAUUACAAAAAAAUGUCCUUUCACCAUUUCAUUACUCAGGGUCUUCUACUUUGGAUUGCCCUCCAUGCUGUUACUCAGCCAAUCAAGCAGUUCUGCUUUAUACAUGAAUACUUUCACAUACUGUGACAACACUUAGACCUGAUGAUACAAGCGAAAAGGUUGAGUGGAUGCUAACCCGCACCUUCCAGGAGCCCAGAGACACUUCUUCUAUUGUUCUGUAUCCAUAAAUAUAGAAAAAGGCAAAUCCGCAAGUUUGUUUUGUUCAUGGCUCCAAGGAGCCAAAAUACAUUUCCUACUUUUCUAAACCUUUUGACUCUUUCUCUCUUUCUUUCUACAGAUUUUACAAGAAAGCCAAAUAAACCAUGAUAUUCUCCAGAGUGACUUCUUGGACACCUACAAAAACCUCACCAUCAAAACCAUGAUCAUGUUUGAGUGGCUUACUUCCCAUUGCCCCAACACCUCGUAUGCUAUGAAGGUUGACUCAGAUAUAUUCCUUAAUGUCCACAACCUUGUCAACAUGCUUUUGAGAGCCCCUCAAAAUCUCUACAUGACAGGAGAGGUGGUGAGAAAUGCUGCUGUUUCAAGGAAUCCUAACUCCAAAUGGUAUCUGCCUGCUGCAGCCUUUCCCCAGUCCACUUACCCUCCUUAUGUCAUGGGACUGGGCUAUGUGUUCUCACAGGAUUUACCAAAGAGGAUCCUAGAGGCGUCUGCACAUGUUAGAGCUCUUUACAUUGAAGAUGUUUAUGUGGGUCUGUGUCUGAGGCACUUGAGAAUAUCACUGACAGAUCUCCCUCACCAUGGUUUGUUCAGGUUGACAGUUCCUCACACCCCAAGUGACUGUUACUGGACCUCUGUUAUAACAACAAUACUGCAGGACUCCAAACAACUUCUCAGUGUGUGGGAUCAAUAUGAGACACAGAUAAGAAGAGGCUGUUUGUCACGACAUUUGUAA